AUGCGCUUCUCGCUUGCGGCGCCACCCCGUCGCUACCGGCGCGUCGGCCGGCGAGCAAAACGGCUCCUCGCCCGGGUCUUCGUGGAGCGCCACGGCUUCCAGCCCCUCUUCGGCGUCUCUCGGCGUGGGGCGUUCGUCCGGCAGCGAACGGUCAACUCGGAACUGGUACGGACCGGGGAAUCCGACUGUCUAAUUAAAACAAAGCAUCGUGUGGCCGGUCGUGUACCGCCAAGAGACCGCCGUCACGACUGGUCGGUCGCGGGUAGCACGUUAUUCGUCGGCGAAACAGGGUUGGGGAAAGCUUUGCGCUCGUUUCGCGGCAGCAGUCAAAAAGAAAUGGCCGCGCCACCGUCGCAUGGACGGCCUCGCCUCCUUGCGUCUGCUGCUGCUGAUGCUGCCUCCUCCCUACUCGUCCGACAAAAAAAUAACCUCUGCUCUCUGCGCGAGACGGGCGCCCGUCUCCAGCCGUAUUACGUCCAGCCGUCCCGUUUCACGUACCGCCGCCGCCGCCGUUGCUGCCGCCUCUACGUCCCUGUGCGGGGAGGUCGAUUCGAUAGAUGCGCACGCGAUUCGAUAUACCGCCGGCCACGAUCGCGAGACGGAUGCCGCCGACCAGCCUCCGCGUUUUUUCUUUCUUACUUUAUUUCUUUUCCUCUUUCUUUCUUUCUUUCUCAUUUUUUAUUUUGUCAUUUUCAGUAA